AUGAAGGCACACAAACACUCAGCCUCUGGUUGGUUGGGGAGCCUGGCCAACCUCUCCCUCCGACGCCCGUUCUCCCGACGUAAGGUCUCCGCCCCGCCACUGGAAGGGAGCAGGACCUGGCCCAGUGACGACACGGCAACCAGCCCCCAACUGUGGGGCUACGCCCGCUCUAGUGCCAUGUACACCCACGUGGGAACAGUGCCUCGCACAGAUAGGCAGCAAAACAGGAUGAACAUAGAAGAGGAGGAGGAAGGGAGGGUAGUCAGAGAUCAUGUGCAGGACUCCCCACUGCUCAGUGCUCUGUCCAGCCUCAGUCUCAACGCUCUGGAUCAGCCCAGCUGUUCUCCGGCCACACCGGACGCGGACCAAGUUGCUUCAGCCACACAGGACGUGUCCCAAGGUGCUCAGGCUACACUGGACACAUACCGAGGUGACCCGGUUCUGCAGGAGGUGUACAAAGGUGCUCUGGCAGGAUUGGAUGUUUCCAAAAGUAGUACAGCUCCGCAGGAUGUGUACGUGCACAUGGAUGCCAUAAGUGAUGUUGUUCGCCGGCGGGAAAUCACAAAUUACCCACAGCAAGAGGAACACUUGCACAGUCCAUGUGAUUUGAAGGACAGAGGCGGCGAAUACGUAAGGUUCUCCAAGGACAAGAAGUUCGGGCUGGAGAAACAGCUGCAGGAGGAACUGAAGCUGAGCACAGCCUACCUGAAGAGCCACGCCUGGUACCACGGACCCAUCACUAAAGAGGUGUCCGAGAACCUGGUGCUGAACCAGGGUGAUUUCCUCAUUCGAGACUCAGAACUCUGCCUGGGCGAGUAUGUCUUGACUGUCCACUGGGACCAGAAAACAAUUCACCUCCCAGUCCAGACCACAGCAGUCCGAUGUGGGGUUCACUACAGCCUAGACCAGGAGGUAUUCGACUCACUUCCCGCUCUGGUGCGCUUUUAUGCGGGCAGUAGGGCGCCGCUGACCCGCCGCUGUACCGCCAAGUUCCAUCAACCGGUCAACAGGACACUGCCGCUAAGCUACCUGGAGACCGUCUUUGGUCCCCCACCAUACCAGUGGCCCCCAAGCCAAGCAGAAGAGCCUUGCCCAAGAAGCCCCUCAUUGUUGCAUCGAGACCAACAACAGCCUGCGCUCUCUUCCUCCACUGACAACAUGACUCUUCAGUCUACCAGCACCAACCAAUCACAAUCUUUCUCCAAAAGCUUGGAUUCUGUGCUUCCUGAACUCAACCAUGAUAUCCAGAGGCCAGAUUCGGAUGACAGCGGCUACACAGAGCUAUUUCCGGGCCCUCAGAGCUUCGUAGAGCGGCUCCGUAAUGAGGAGGCACCAAGGGCGGUGGACCUUUGCCUCCGUCCUAUAGUAGAGACUGUGUCAUCCUUCUCACCCACCAAAUACUGCUCACCACUCAUGCCCGUGGAGAACAAGCCCCUGGAGGUGGGGAUCCUGCACCAGGUGAAAGAGCUCCUAGCCAGGGUGGACCCUCAGACGGCGGCUCAACACAUCACAAAGUGGGACUGCACGAUCGCUCACAUCUUGGAGAUGUGCCCAGAAAUGGAAAUGAUGAUGGGAGCCAGCUCAGGGGUGGAGCUGCUCACGCUUCCGCAUGGACAGCAACUCCGAUUGGACCUGCUGGAGAGGCUGCACACUAUGGCGACCAUGUUGGCUGUCAAUGUUUUGGGAUGCACCGGCACCACUGAAGAGCGAGCCUGCGUGCUGCAUAGAAUGAUCAGCAUAGCCGCUGAGCUCAAGAACAACAUGGGCAACAUGUUUGGAUUCUCUGCCGUCAUGAGAGCGCUUGAGCUGCCACAGGUGGCUCGUCUGGGACAGACAUGGACGGCGUUACGGCAGCGGCAUACAGAGGGCGCUGUUCUCUAUGAGAAAACUCUUAGGCCCUUUAUGAAGAACCUGAAUGAGGGCCAAGAAAGCUGGCCCACAUCAGGGACCACCUUCCCUCAUGUCCUGCCACUGUUGUGGCUUCUGGAGAAGAGUGCAGCUGUGGUUGAGGGGUUCCAGGGCGCCAAGACUUUGGAUGCUCCUGAGGCCAGCCUGGACGUGGACUUAGACGUGCUCAUGUUUCAACUGGAGGCUGCCAGGAACACCGCCCAGCUCGGGGCGGUCUACGCUGCCAAUGCCCGCAGCAAACUCCAAGAUUUCCAGGAACAGGCGGACAUCUCAGAGGUCUUCUGCACGGACUUCCAGAUGCGGCUGCUUUGGGGUAGCAGGGGAGCGGUGGAGAGCCAGGUGCGGCGUUAUGCGAAAUUCAACCAAGUGCUGACUGCCCUGUCUAACAGGCUGGAGCCUCCAUCAUGCUGA